CACCAGCAAACCCCUCAAUAUUCGGACAGACUUUUUAAAUCGCCCUCGUUGUCCUAGGCAUCACCCAAGGUUGACUUUUGUUCUCUGCUGGUACUUCGUAUAUGCCUGAGGUGUACGACCGAGGCCAGUCGACUGCGGCACCGUCUGCGCUAGAUUCAUCAGCUGAACUCGGAAAAAUAUAAAUCAAUCGAUCUGCCAUGCCUAUCAUCCGAAGAGUCCAGCCGUCAGAUCUACUGCAUCUUAACCUAUGCAACCUGGAUCCAUAUACUGAAAAUUACGACUUGAAUUUCUACCUGACCUACUUGAUGAGAUGGCCUUCGUUAUUUCAGUGUAUCGAAGAGCACGGUCAGAUUGUAGGGUACAUCAUCGGGAAAGUUGAAACAUCACCCGCACAAUUACAAGGCACACCACACUUCCUGCCAUGGCAUGGCCAUAUCACGGCUCUGUCAAUAGCACCGCAAUACCGGAGGCUCGGAUAUGGCAAGCUUCUGAGCGAGUCUCUUGAAAAGGCUUGCAAUGCACAGAACGCCUGGUUCGUAGAUCUUUUUGUACGGAAAAGUAAUACGAAUGCCAUCAAAAUGUACGAAACCAUGGGUUAUUCGACCUACCGUACCGUGGUCAGAUACUAUGCGGAUGACCCGACAGGCGUUUCUCAGGAUGGGGAGGAUGCCCUGGACAUGCGAAAACCUCUGGACAGGGACAAGGACCGAAUCCACGUCAGAGAGAACGGUGAAAAUUUCAAGGUUGACCCAGAGGAUGUUUUUUGAGCACCUUCUAAGCAACAAUCGAUGGCCCGGACUGACACAGACACAUAUAGCCUGUUUGGGUCUGAUCGAGGUGAACAUGUUGGACGGUCUCGGAAGACAAAACGACACCCGAUCCGAGCCGGGGGGAUUGUCAUACUCGAUAAGUUUAUGCAGGUUGGCCCUCAUUCGGUCUGUCAGAGGCAUCCAUAAGCGCCGAGCAGUGUCAUGCCCUCUGUAUGUUGUGAGAUUGGGAAAAAGCCACAUAGCGAUGGAGUCCAGAGGUCAUCAAGGCCGAUCAUAAUCGGUAGGGACCUCACAGGGUGUACCAUGUGCCAUUGAAAGGCCCCUUGCGCAUCUUUGAGCGGCUGCCUACUGUACAUAUGAUUGAUGAACAAAGAAGACAACACUAUAGAAUCAGAAUCAGGAUCGGUCUAGACUGGCUUUUGCAUGUUUAUUAGGUGUUUGCUG